AUGUCUCUGAUUCAGCCGGCGUCGGCCGUGCUUGGGCCGAUCUCCCUCACAGCACUGGUCGGCUUUCUCGUCCUUGCGCAUUUGGCCUUCUGCAUCUUCAUGCUGGCGAGCGUCAGAUCCGACCAGAGCAUGACGAUUGGACACGUGGAGGUGUCCAACACGCUUCAGUGUGCCUUCGGAGCCUUCUGUCUCAUCGGCAUUCCAAUCACCAUCCAUGCAUUCAUUGGAACUGUCUUCAGAGCUCCAGGCCACCUGUACUCCUACCUUUGGUAUCAGUUCCUGACCCUCGUGGCGGUUGGCGGGUUUUGUCUUUCCCUGGCGCUGAACCAGAAGAGCUGCUUCACGCGAGAAGGGAAGAAUGGGGACCUUGCGACCUUGGUCUGCGGCCUGCCCAACAUCACCAGCAUGGUCUUCCUAGCGGUCUUCCUCCUGAGCAUGAGCACGGCCAUGUACUUUGUUUGGUCCCUCAGCGAGAACUUCAAGAGGCGGCUGGAGACAGACCUCUUCCGAUAUCAGGAGCCCUUGCAGCUGAAGGCGCAAAUGGGCGAGGAGGCUGCGGCGCAGGCCGCGAGGGACGCCCGGGCGGCAGCUGCAGCGGCCCAUCAGAUGUCCGUGCCCGGGGCGCUCUGGAGCCCCUCAGCUCUCUGA